AUGACCGCAGCCCCAGUGCGAAUCACAGAUGACGAGCUAGCUCGCGAGGUCGAAGCGCUCAAGUCACAUCGCAGGCUUUCUGUCAACAGACCUGUCCUCGAUCCAGACCUUCCUGACCUUGCAGCGGCCUACGGAGGUGGACAAGAGCUUCUCUCUGUGCCCUCGCCUGAACGCGAACGACGCGGCUACAGUCUGGUAGAUGAUGGUGCAGUACCAACACGCAGUCCCUCCUCCUCCUCGUCUACUUCACCCAUAUCUCCCGGCAAAAGCUUCAGCAAAGAACGUGCUCCCUUCACCGCACGACGCCGCGGUCAAGGCUCUGAUCAGUCUUCCGGCUCAGAAGGUCUCACUGCAUCUCCGACUCGACUCUCGCCCGUCUCGGGGUCUCCGACCAACGAUGCAUUCGACUCGAGAGGCUUGCUGACCUCGCCUACCAGCAUGAGUUCCUCCAGCUCGCAUUCACAGUCGCAAUCGCCAAAGGAUCCCAGUCAUCUAUUCUGGGUACCCGCAUCAGUGCAUCCCGAGAUCUCGCCCACCGACUUUCGCAACUUUAUCAAGGAGCAUGCCGCUCGCGCUGUCAACCAGCAUACUGGCCAAGAUGAGCAUCUGACGAAUGACACUCUGCCUCCGCUAGCUGUCGGCGAUUCGCCCAUCGCACAGCGACUCAACUCGGUCCGACAACAGCAGCAAGAGCGUCAAAGUCAGCAGUCAGGUGAUACCCGCGGUACCCUCAUUGGUCGCGCUACUUCGCUCUCACGACGUGGUAGUACGCUCCGACGACAGUACCGACCAGAGAAUGAUAUAGACGAUGGCGAGGAAGAUAAAACGCCACGGCCUUUGCAGCGCAAUCGAAGCGGCUUGAUUCGAGGCACCUAUGGUCUGGCUAUUCCCAACUUGACCAUUGAUGAUCUGCAACGCUUGGAAGCAGCCGCGGAGGAAGCUAGUCAAACGCAGGACCCUGCAAUGUUGCGCAGCGUGCUCCGACGAACGCUCAGUCUCAACACCACGCCGGAUAUGGAUACGAUGGAUGCUGUGCCUUCGGAGCCGAUCGAGGAUCCCGAUGCGCCUAUCAUUGUUCCCAAGCCGGGCCAGAUCUUACGGAGAGCAGCACGCACCAAGAUGCGCAAAGCGUCUGGAGAUGCAUCGAGGGCAAGUCUUGCUUCUCGAAGACGUCCGCCUCGCAGCUCGACAGAUGCAGAUGCAGUUGCGGUCUCAGAGGGCAGUCGAGCUUGGGAAUUGCAAAAGAGCGAUGCUGAGGAUAUGGAGAGGCGGCAUAGUGGCCAGUCCGAGCUGUCGUCAGGUGCAGAUGACGAUUCGUCUGCUGGUGAUAGCUCUUCAAGGCCCGUUUCGACCGAAGCGAUGGAUUCGAUUGUUGAUGCUUACUCGAGAGACUCGUAUCAGUCGGAUGCUUCGCAGCGGACGAGUGUUACUUCAGUUGUUGAUGCUAAGACGUAUGACGGCAAUGUGUCAGGUGGAUCGGGAGGCAGAGUGGAGGUAGAGAGUCCUUCGCUGCCUCACACGCCAACGCAGGAUUCGUUUACGACGCUAGCGGCGCCUUUGCCUGCUAUUGACGGAGCGGACUGCAAGACUGGACCGAUUCAGCCUCCUCUGCAGUCGACAGAGUCGCCAGAGACACCGAGGCCGGAUAGCAAGGUCAACAACAACCAGAUCAAGCCGAUUGCUGUAUCGCACCUCCCACCUACGCCAGCGUUUGAGAAGACGAGGCCUCAGCAACAGCAGCAGCAGAAGGUCUCAACUCGGCCAACAUCAGCCAGCAGUCAAGGCUCGUACACCGCAGAGCCGGCGCCACUUCCUGUUGCUCAGUCGCAGCAAGCGCCGCGUCGUGAUGCACAGCCCGUGCCAUCGGCUAAGUCGCAAGUCGCGCCUAUGGUCGCUGGCCCUCCUCAACAGCAGCAGCACCAGCCACCGCGACCACCUCUCCAGCAACAACAGCUACAGCAACAACAGCUACAGCAGCAGCAGCAGCAGCCUGUGCAACCACCAUCAACACCACCUGCCACGAGUCACGCCCACGCUCACACCAAGCACAAAGAAAAGGAACGCAAAGGUGCAUUUGGUCUCUCCUGGUUCGGUCUUGGCAAGGAUGACGAGGAGGAACGAGCAAAGCUCGAAGAAAAGUCUCAACGCAAACGUGAGAAGCACGAGAAGCGUGAACGCAAAGAACGUGAACGUGAAGAGCGAGAGAAGGAGGAACAGCACAGCUCUUCCAGCUUCCUCGGUGCUCUCUUUGGCAAGAAGAAGGGUCACGAUGAGUCUCAUCACCAACAAUCUCUCGCCGGACCACGACCUGCCAUGAACGGACAGUUGACUGCCGGAAGUCUGUUGGAGAGAAACGAGAUGUGUGGCAAAGGUGGAUACUUUUAUUCGAGGUACCCUAUUCAUAUUGAACGCGCUGUUUAUCGAUUGAGUCAUAUCAAGUUGGCUAAUCCGAGAAGGCCGUUGUAUGAGCAGGUGUUGAUUAGUAAUUUGAUGUUCUGGUAUCUUAGUGUUAUUAAUAGAGGUGGUCAGCAGUAUGGGCAGCAGCAGCAGACGGCAGGGCAGGUGGUGCAGGGUCAGGGAGCGGAACAGAACGGAGUGGAGGCAGGGCAAGGUGCGAAUGGGUACGUAGGGCAGGUUGAUACAUCUAGUGCCUAUGAUGGAAUGGACACUUUGAGUAAUGGCAGUCCAGAGUCAGAGGAUGGCUCUUCUUCUUCCGAUCAGUACAGCAGCGCCAGUGCAGGUGGUGGCGGCGGGAAUGGUGCCGCUUUGAGACAGAAACGAAAUGGGUUGGUCAAGCCGAACCGUGCUCCCGGUGGCGCAAAUCGUGGUCGAACAGCAGAGACGCCCAUGAAACAGCCAGGGUAUGGUAUGCAACAUCGACAGAUUGAUGAUGAUCUCAAGAUGCAUGGCGGUGCGGGGUCGACUGGCUUUGUUGUGGGUCAAGUGGUGGAUGUGAAGGCUUUGCAGGCGAAUACGCCGUACAUGUUGGUACCGGAUCCGAGGGCGGCUAAUGAUGAUGGAAACAUGUCUACUACGACGGAUUAUUUGGGGUUGGGGAAUCAGUUUGGGUUGUCUGAGCCGCUGUGGCCUUCUUCUGGUGCGGAAGGGGGAGAGCAAGGUGGAGAGCAGCGAAGGAGUACUUCAGGGCAGCAGAACGCAAUCUCGACGGUGGCGGGGGAGCAAAAACGAAGCUCAAGCCCAAAUCGACCCUACCGAUCGGAAGCAGAAAAGGAACGGGCUUGGUUGAAAAUGCUCAAUAGCUCCUCGAAUACUGCUAGUAGCAAUCGUACUUCAUCUCCUGACCAUGGAUAUGGAUCCAUCUCUCAAGACGAACCACUCAGAGCAGACGGGGAGAGGGAGAAAAUGGAAUCUCACCCUCAAGGCAGAAGUAUGUCUCUUGGAGGCAUUGGAGCUAUGAACCGUACCGGAGAUUGGGGGUCCUCUAACCCCACCACUGACCCCAACGCCAGCAACAGCAAUACUAGUGGAGGGAGGGGGGAUCGAAACCGGAAAAUGUCAAUGGGAAACAUGGCCCCUUCCGCGUCAAGUCAAGGAUUGGUCAAUUCGACUAGUUCAGGUUCCUUCGGAAGUGUGGAAGGAGGAAUGACGAGCUCUGUUAGCGCUGGGGCCUUAGAUGGGAAAACGGGCGGGGUAGGGGAAGGGCAGAUUCAUCUGCCAAUUGCACCGGGAAGUAGUGCUAUGCUGGAUGCUGCGAGAUUGAGUCAGUCUCGCCGACGAUAG